UGUUAUUAAAUAUGUUCAUCCAAGAAUAAAUAAAUACAAGAUUUUCGCUUUAAAAAACUGACAAAGAUGUUUUGAAAUGUUAAACCAAUUCUUAUUCAUGACAUGCUAAGGUACUGCUUAUUCAAAAAAACACUAUUUAAGAAAUAUAAUGAUAAGUGAUAAUAAUUCAAAUAAUGCAAAUGUUGAAGAAUACUCAAGUGCCGGCAGUGACAGUGAAGAGAACGAUUUACGUGAAGAAGACUUGUCCGAUAAUAGUGUUAGACCUCCGACUUUUGCGCUUAGAAUGUUAUAUUUAUCGAAGGAGGUCGCAAUAUUCACUCUUAUUGUUGUCACAUAUGCGGCUCUAACAAAUGAUCCUCCUAAAGUUACUAAAAGUCCGGCCGCAUAUCCGUUCUUCUCAAAGAACAGUAUUAUUAAAGACUGGUACAGAGGCCAAAUCAGCAAAGGCAUCGAACUCGCCAGAUCAUCAGAUAUUACGUUUUUGAUGUUCUAUGCACCUUGGAGUGCCGAAAGUCAACAUGCCAGAACUGAAUUGGAAAAAGCUGCUCAACAUAUGCAAAAGUAUGUCACUUUUGCUGCAGUCAACUGCUGGCAACCAAAUGGAGAGUGCAAACUGCAAUACAACAAGGUAUACAAAUGGCCUGUGCUAGUAGCUUAUCCUUCUCAUGGAAGGGGCAUUCAGUAUACAGGACCAUUAGAAGCUCAGUACAUCAUCAAGUUCUUGCAGUGUGUUUGCCAUCCCAUUGAAAGGAAAACUGAGGAAACCAUAACAGAAUAUCAUGAUGUUUAUGUGACCGCAACGUUAAACGCAUCGCCCGGCAGCGCUGAUUUUGCGAUAUACUAUCUAACAGCAUUAAAAUAUCUAGAAAAAGAGCCCACGAAAAGCGUUAAAUUCUACGUGACAUCUUCGGAAGUUGAACAACCCGAAGUCCGCCUACACCUUUGGAACGUCACAUUGACAUUCCCUAUUCAAACUAAAGACUGGAAUUCCGAUACGCUUAUGCAAUGGAUCGUUGAUAAUAUUUCCGUCGUGACUUCUUGGAUGACGCCGAGCGGUUCGAAAAGUGCACAGCUUUCAAAAGUGUUGUCGCACAAUCCUACACUGAUAUUAUUUACGCCUAGAAAUCCUCUGCAUUUUAAUAUUGAUUAUUAUGAUAUGUUACAACUGAUCAGCAGAGAAUAUUACGAUUGCGGAGAUGUGUACAUCCAUCUGGAUAUGUUUCACAUACGAACGAAAAGAUUGAUAAACUACAUGGAAUACAAGAAGCGAUUGAAGAGGUGCUCCGAAUUCAAAGACGCGUUCGAAAAUUUCAACGUCCAUGUCAUCGCUAACGUGUGGAACAACAUCAGUUGCUGGCAUGAAGACAAAUUGUGUCAAAGAACGUUGGUUAAAAGUUCCACAAUGAAAGGCAAACUUAAAGAUGAAUUACAUUAUUGUCGGGAUAUGGAAGAGAACUGUUUCAAAAUGAAGUACUUAAGAAAUAAGCAUAAAUAUCCGAUCUCAAUGUAUACUGGCUAUACUGAUCACAGAUCAGCCGAAAACCUUCUGGCAAUCCACGAAAACGAGUCGUGCAGAGGGUUUUUGUUGGCCGAGGAGUUCUCACCUCAUAUUUUCGAGCAGGAUAUCAACAUGGGGAAUGUGCAGGACGUGUCGGGAUUAGCGUGUAAGGUAAACCACAGUUUGCAGUUUGUUGCCAUUGACAGCCUGUUGCACUAUCAGUUCGCUGAACGAUUGGGAAUCGAUUUAAACAAGUAUAAAGACAAAACUGCUGUCGUCAUCGUUAACGAAAAGAUGGAAAGUCAUUAUAUAAUGCACCAAUCAGUCUCAACUGAAGACCUCAGAAAAUUCAUUCACAACUACACAAACAACUACUUGCCCAGAUCGUACGAGUCGAUAGCGACGAUUGAUUCGAAAAUCACCCACACGUUCGAAAACAAUUUGGAUUACUGCCGAAGUUGGAGCGAUGAUUACGUGUGCGUUCAAGAAUUAAGCUCGAAAACUUUUUUGCCUGUCGUAAUGAGUAAAAAAAAGGCGGUGCUUGUUUUUUAUUAUUCGAAACAGUGCGCAUUUUGCAGCGGAGCUUCUCACGCAUUCCUGACGGCGGCAAGAAAACUGUCUUCGGUUGAAAAUAUACUUUUUACCAGAAUUGAUGGCGAUAUUAAUAUUUUGCCGUGGCAGUACACUAUGGAAAGUUAUCCUACCAUUAUAUAUUUUCCACCAGUGAUGAAAUCUGAAAGCAGAGUCUACCCCAGAAAUUUACCUAUAACUGUUCCUAAUCUAAUUGGGUUUUUACUCACUCACUUAAGUCCAAGCAUGAAACUCCACACAUUAUGGAGUGUUUGUAAUAACAUACAGAAUUCUGAAGAAAGAUCAACGUGCCUCUCAAAUUUAAGGAUUGAAACACUCUCUUUAAUAGAAAACACCCUAUACCUUUGGAGGAGGUCAAAUAAACGACAUAAGCAAAUAAUGUUACACAAAUUGAGGAAUCUAAAACAACUGCACUUGUUACUAGCACACAAACCUUCCAAUGUAAAUUAUGUGAACUCAUUUUUUAAUAAAUUGCAUGUUAAACCCCAAACUUGUACAGAUUAUCAAUAUAUGCAAAGAGUAAAGUUAAAAGACGAAUUAUAAUAUCUGUUUAAGGAUUGUAAGAGAUUAAUUUCCGUGUUUUGUGUAUUAUGUGUACUUGGGUAUGGUAAUUACAGAAUGCGCCCAUCAAUAAAACAAUUUAUUAUGAACAAUUAUUCUGCUAAUUAAUUUAAUUAUUCUUUUAUUGAUUGGAUAAUUCUGUAUUAAUGGAACAUGGGUGAGAAAGUAUAUAUUCUGAAAGUGUAUUUUUAAACAGCCAAAGUAAAGUGCACUUAUAAAGACAUUCCAAUGAAAUCAGUUGGAUCACUCAGAUUUAGUUAAUAUUGAACAUAUACUUACCACUGUGAUACAAAUAUUAUUUAUGUACUAUUAACUUUGUAUAUAGAUAUUUAUGAAUAUAAUUAUAGAAAAAUAUGUUAUAAUAAAUUUUUAAAAUAUC